AGUGCGGUUUUAUCUUUAAUGAUUAUAUCACCAGAUAUACGACUUCUUUUAAACGAUACGCGAAUGAAUCAGUUGAUCGAUUCGCAACGUGUCACCUUCCCGAUUUACAGGAAGUCUACUAAUAUUAUUUAAUCACGCUGAGCCAUAAUUAAAUUAGUCAGAAAGGGCAAGUUUAGAACAUGGAACGUGGUUUCCAUCUGUUCAAGUUUCGUCCAUAAGGUUCCCCUUCAUGAUAAUAGCGAUUUCGAAGGCUGUUCAAGUCAAGCGCUUGAAAUUAUUCAAUUUGAUCAUACCGUUUCUUUCAAACAGUGUUCUUUAAUGUUUCUUAAAAUCUAUCUGCAACAUAGAAAAUAAAAAUUAAAAAACCCAAGAUUUAAGUAAUUGAAUUUGUACCGCAGCACCAUGAGUGAAAAAAAGAAAGUACUCAUGAUUUGCUUAGGCAACAUCUGUCGAUCGCCAAUUGCCGAAGCUGUUUUCAGUGAACAAAUACAGAAACAAGGUUUAAUAGACACAUGGGAAGUCGACAGUGCAGCGUUAAUAGGAUACCAUACAGGAAAAGGUCCCGAUCACAGAGCGAUGACAACACUUAGGAAGAAAGGAAUUAAUGAUUAUAUCCACAAAGCUCGGCCAAUCACCUUAAAAGACUACUACGAGUAUGACUGGAUAUUUGGAAUGGACGAGGCAAACAUCGAGGAACUGAAUAGAGAAAAACCAAGAGAUGGCAAAGCCAAAAUCGAGUUACUUGGACAGUAUGAUCCAAAUGGGGAAACAGUUAUCCGAGACCCUUACUAUGACAGCAACACCACAGGAUUUGAAAAGGCAUACGAUCAGUGUGUAAGGAGUAUAGAAUCAUUUUUAAAAAAGCAUACAUAGUACCUUUGUCUGUUACAAUAACACUAGGUACACUAAACUACUGAUAAGUAAUGUGAAGUAAAAAUAUAAAAAUUAUAAAAAUAAAAAA